AGAGGAUACCAAAGCCAACCGCAAACAUGAUACAAGGUUCACAUUCAGGAAACAACAGGAGUUAUAUUCUCCUCAACAUUUUCCUCGUCCUCCUAGCUACAAAGUUCGACAAAACCUUUCAGUUAACACAGAGCGAAUGUGGAGCAGAUUACAGACAUCCAGAGUACACAGACAUCUCGGUGGAAUGUGGAACGGAAUACAUCAGUCUGGCCAUCAUGUUCUGUCCUGUUCAAUACACUGGCUACAACGAAUCAGAUUUGAUCCUCAACAAUGUCAUAAAUAACCCAGAUUGCAUGGGGACCAUCGACACUACCGUCUCACCUCCAGUGGCCCGAUUCAGGUUCCCGCUUAACUCAACCAAUGCCUGUGGCAGCAAUUUUAUCACAUAUCAGAGUGCUGGGACAGGCAUAUUCUCAGAUUUCUCCAACAUUGAGACGGUCAACGUCAGUGGAGUUGUAAAGUCGAGGGACAUCACAACAGGCACCGUGACGUAUAAUGCAGAGCUGAAGUACUACUACUCGUGCUCCUAUCCUCUCGAGUACUUGAUCAACAACACUCAAGUGGAUGUGGCGUCCUCCUCGAUUGCAGUCAAAGACAACAAUGGCAGUUUCAUCAGCACUAUGAGGCUCAGACUCUUCAGUGACGUAAACUACACCCAGCCUCUCCACAUGCCUCCCAUUGGUAUUGAACUGAGGACAAAUGUGUUUGUGCAGGUGGAGGCCACCAACUUGACCUCCCAGUACUUUUUGCUGCUGGACAGAUGCUUUGCCUCCACUUCCAUUGCACCCACCACCAAAAACUACUUCAACCUCUUCGUGCCUUGUGAAAUGGAUCGGCUGACUAAAAUGCUGGUGAACGGGGAGAUGCAGCUUGCUCGGUUCUCGUUCCCUGCCUUCCGCUUCACAGAGCAGCAGAACCAGACAGUGUCGACGUACUAUCUACACUGCAUCACAAGACUGUGUGAAAUAUCAACCUGCGCUGCAUUUAGGCAAUGUCGCAAACGAAAAAGGAGAGACGUUGCUCCCAUCAGUCCUUCAAAUGGAGUCUCAGAGAGCACUACCAUCACGUCACCAGCCAUCGUCAUACGUGCAGAGAACGUGAUGGCAACAAAAGAGGAAGAUGUGUCAUUCAGUACGAAAAAACCAGUGGACUCCUCGGUGGGUCUCGGCGUAGCUGUGGGCAUCCUGGCAUUCGCUUGCAUCAUGGUUGUGGGAAUGGGAGCACUUUUCUACAAAAGACACUGGCACAAUGCAACUUCAAAAAUAGUCCGGUGA